UUUACAUCGACACAACACGCAUGCACCAUCAAAGUUCAAAUCAAACCACGACCCGGACGAAUUCAUCAACGAGACAAGAUGAGGCUGUUCACCCACCAACUCCAGCCAUCACCGGAAAUGAAAGAGCGGGUGACAGCCGUGGAGAGAAUCGUAGGCUACGACUUCGUGGACAAGACGCUUCUAGAAGAAGCUCUCACCCACCCCUCAUCCUGUCGGCCCAAUUCGUAUCAACGCCUGGAGCUCCUGGGCGACAGCGCUCUCAACCACGCAGUGACAAAGUACUUAUUUCGUGACAGCCGGAAGUUCAACGAAGAAGAAAUCACUAACCGACUCAAAGAUACCGUUAGCAACCCCUACCUCGCCCGCAUUGGUGCUCGGCUUGGGCUUUAUGACUACCUUGUCCGCCACAAUACACCUGAUCUUGAUGAUCAGGUCGCAAAGUUUACUGAAGGAGUAAUUAAAGGAAAAGAUAUGACGGGGUCUCCAGGCUACAAGGUUCUUGCAGAUGUUGUCGAAUCCGUGGCUGCUGCUGUUUACAUUGACUUGAAUUAUGAUCUCGAUAAGCUGAUGAAGAUAUUUAUGCCUCUUUUGGAUCUCGAAAAAUCUGAUUCUAUGAUGAAGACGAAGGAAUCGGAUUCCAUGUUGGGUUAUAUUGCCUCACUACUCUACACACUUGGGGCUAAGGCCUAUAGGGUGAUAAUAAGUCUCUUGGUUUUUUGUUUGAGGGGAAUAAUACUGCUAGUUAUCGUCUGUGUUUUGUUUAAAUUAAUUGACUGUUUUGCUAAGUAAUUCCUAUUAAGGGUGAUGAGAUGGAGGUAUUCUUCAAUUUACCUAUAUAUAUAUAUAUAUAUGUAUAAUUCCCUUAGCCAGACUUGGCAGGGCAUGAGUGAACCUGUAAAACUUGGUUUGUCCUCGUAGGUUUUAGAUUGCCUGGAAUAAUAAUUGCACAUUUGUUUA